UUUCGCGUGGUUUGGUUUUGGGGUUGGGUUCGGGGUUUUCUAUACAAAUACACAGUUGUAUUGUCAAAAUUGUUAUAUUUUUAAUUUUUGUAUAAGCCAUGGCAGAUGAAGAUAUAAAUGGUGAUUCAGACGAAGUUCAACAAGAAAAAGCUCAAAAAAAAACUGCAAAAUACGAUAGUGGAGCUGCAGAUUUAGAAAAAGUUACUGAUUAUGCCGAAGAGAAGGAAAUUUCAUCCUCGGAAGGUUUCUCGAGUGCUAUGAGUAUUAUUGGUGAUCGUCGAAAUAAAGAAGCAGCAGAAAAAAAGGCUAAAGAGAAAGAGCUUCUUAAGGUGUCAAUAAAUAAAGAAGAUGUCGAUCUUAUUAUGAAAGAAAUGGAAAUCAGUAGAACUUUGGCUGAACAAACAUUGAGAGAACAUAGAGGAAAUGUUGUGGAAGCACUGAUUACCUUAACCAGUUGAUUUUAAUAAUGAAAAGCACAGUAUCGCGUUUUUACUUAUUUAUUAUAAGAAAAUCUUCCAAAAAGAAAUAAAGAAUUGUUGACUCUU